AUGGCGGACGAAGAGAAGCAGACCACCCCCAUCAAACCCCCUCUGGUUCCAAACAGCCCCCGCGCGGGGGCCGAAUCGCCAACCACUGCGCGACCACUGGAUUUCAAUGACGAGGACGAACCCCAGGAGAGCGGUGUCACCACUGCGAGCCCCAGUGAGCCUCAGCAGACCGCGACCGAGACUCCCGCAACUGCCCCUCCAAAACCACCUCGGCCUCUUGGCCCCAGGGAGCAUGCGGAGAACACUCUCAAGGAAGCUUUCCCCUCCGUGGAUGCGUCGGUCGUCAAGGCUGUUCUAGUCGCAAGCAACUGGAACGUUGAGCGAGCAUUCAAUGCGCUCCUGGGCAUGACGGAUCCCACUGCCCAAGAAGAUAUGGUUCCUCCCCCAAAACCCCCUCGCCCCUCCCAGCCUGCCACAUCUACCACUCGAAGCCAAUUGGAAGCCGAUGAACUGUAUGCCCGCCAGCUAGCGGAGCGCUACAACUCAGACGGACGCCGCCGUGCGCCGGCACCUGGAUGGGAGAAUGAUCCAAGAUACCACCGUCCCCGAGGCGGCGAGGAAGAGGAGAAGGAAUAUAACUUUUUCGAUGAUGAUCUACCUAAGAUCCAAGAGAACCUGCGCAAGGGCUUCCUGGAGACACAGUCCAAGGUCAACUCAUGGAUGACAAACUUUAAGAAGAAGUUCGAUGGCGAAGAGGAGGAGGAAGAACCUAGUCAGCAGUACCAACGGCCUCCCGCCUACGGACAGCCCCGACGAAGUGGUGACCUCGGUCGUCGCAGCGGAGACCGUGAGCGAUAUGAUGCAGACCCGCAAGUUCUUGGAGAUGACUUUUCAGCGCUCGAGCUUCGAGACUCCGAAGCGCCUCCACCCCGUCCUCCCCGCCCUGGCCAGUCCAGCCUCAAGAAGGCCACCUCUCCCUCGCCAGACCGACGGAAGGUGUCUUUCCAAGAAGGCCCACCAACAGAAAUCGAUAAUGCGGGUGUGGAGACCAAGAAAAGCCCUCCACCAAACGGCGGCAAGUCUAGCAAGUGGCAGCCACUGGCCACCGUUGAUCCAUCUCCUGUGGCCGACAACGACCCGUUCAGCCUUGGCGAUAGCGAUGAUGAGAAAGAGACCAAGCCCAAGGAACAGACCACUGAGGGCGAGCAGUCGAAACCAGCAACAGAGAAGAAGGACGAGCAAGCCUCGAAAUAG